UCGCUGACGGAGACGUGGAACACACACACUGGUGAAGUGACCGCUCGCCCACACGCUCCUCACACCACUGCCACAGCUGGUGGUGGUGAUGGUGGUAGUGGUGGUAGUGGUGGUGGUAGUGGUGUUGGUGGGGUGAAUAAUGAGGUGGCCAGCAGUCUAUCCGUAGCAACCUUUGCAAUACUUGCAAUGUUAUAUUAAGUGGCCUUUGGUAAACAUGACACGUUGCAGAGCAAAGGUGAGCACGUUGCAGAGCAAAGGUGAGAACUUACCUGCCAAGUUGCGAUGUGUAGCGAACAUUUUAUUAUGAGAUUUUGUAUAGUUUCAGCUGAUUUUCAGCAUUAAAUUUUUAUUUUGGGCUAAUAUGCACAUAUGACAUGUACGUAUUUUACAUAUGAAGUUUGGAAAAUAUGUCAAACAGUAGACAGGCUGACGAGAAGUGCCUGAAUCCUCAAUCAAUUUUCCUUUUAGCGUAAGAAAGAGUGGAUUUUAUAAAUAGUGACCCGAAACAUCUGGACUUAAAUCAUGCUCCAUCACCCACUCCUUCGUCUGCUACUGCUUCUGCUGCUGCUCCUUCAGGCAGCCUCGAGCACCCUAGUUACUGAAGAAGCGCCCCUGGCGGCCGUGUAUGUCGUGAGAGGGGAGACGGUGCGGCUGCCCUGCAACUUAAUAUCGGAACCUGAGGACCCGGUGAUAUUGGUGCUUUGGUACAAGAACGGCACAAAGACUCCAGUUUACAGUGUGGACUCGAGACCGAGAGGUCAGCAGAAGGGCGGUCAAAGUUCACGGUCUUCGGAUUUCUUCCGCGGCCGGGCGGACAUCCGCAAGCAGGGCGGGUGGAACUGGACCCUAGUGGUGCGUGAGGCGGAGUUCAGAGACCAGGGGGAGUACCGCUGCCGGCUCGACUUCCAGUCUUCGCCCACACACAACGCCAGAAUCUUCUUGCACGUUGUUGAUCUUCCACAGCAGCUGCGCAUCUACAGUCCCGGGGGUGCGCUGGUGGACGGAGUGGCGGUGGUGCAGGAGGGCCACCCUCUCACCCUCUCUUGUAGAGCCACAGGAGGUCACCCGCUGCCUAACGUGACUUGGUGGUCGGGGCCGACACUAUUGGACGCCGAGGUGGAGGAGCGGCAUACGGGCGCCAGGCCCUCCGUCGACACGCCCUUCGAUACGCCCUACGCCGCGCCCGCCGCGACGCCCGCCGCCACCGCCUACGCCACCAAUAUCUUGCGGCUAGCGGCGGUUACCCGCGCCCACAUCGCUCAAAACAUCACCUGUAGGGCGGCCAACACGCCCGUGCUGGCCGCCCUCAGCGCCUCCGUCAUGCUGAGAGAGAUAGACUCCGAGCUGAGGGUGGAGAUGCAGGCGCCUACGGGGAAGCUGUCUGGAGGUCGCCAUUACGACAUGAGGUGUGAAGCCUCCGGGGUGAGGCCCCCACCUGUCCUCACCUGGUGGCUCCGAGGACAACACCUCACACACAACAUCCACGUGGACUAG